AUGAGCCGGUGGCUGCUAUGCUGGACUGUCCUCGUCGCGCUGGACGUCGAAGGUGACAUGCUCGGCAACCACGCGAUCGUCGUCACGGACUCGCGCUGCUGCAGUUACGGAGGCUGCCUCAGCGACGACUGGUACAUUGGGUGCAUGGCGAGCGAGGCACUGUGCUGCAUCGAGGUGGAGUUUUGCUGCAAGUCGCUCUGCUACGUCUGCUGCACAAUCCGCAACGACUCGCCCACCGCGUACUUCGCGUCGCAGGCCCAGGUUUGCUGCAAUUUCGGCGUGGGCGCUAUCUCGUGCGACGAGGAAAUGUCUCACAUCUUCGGCACGUGCGACAUCUUCUGCUAUCCUGUGGCCUUUUGGUUGCUGUUUUUGGGCUUCGACCCUAUCUUCCACCGUGCUGGGUUCGGCGCGUGCGAGAAGGGCGACAUGGUCUAUACAACACGCGGUCGCAUCGGAGCGUCGUCACUUACCAUGCUGGUAUGGGCUACCGUGCCAGGCAUCGAGCCGCAGGCCCAGGCGGGCUGCAGGGUUGGCGCGUCCGCCAUCCCGUGCGGAGUAAUGCCAUGCAAGUUCAGCACGUGCGGUUUCAUCUGCUAUCCUAGAGCCUGA